AACAUUAUCCACACUAUAAAUACCUUCCAUCCCCAUCCAUCAUAUCACCUCUAUCCAUCCCAAUUGUUUUUCAUAAUAUUUCUGUAUCCGUCGAUAUUGCAUUUGCGCGCACAGAAUUAUCAUCUAUAAAAAAAAAAGGUAUAGAAGAUGCUGGCUGUAUUCCACAAGCAGUUUGCGCACCCUCCUCAGGAGCUGAACAGCCCAGCCGCCGACGCGGCGAAUAUCCCGUCCGGCAGGCCCGACUCAUUCUCCGCCACCUUCGGCGGCGGCGCCGCCCUCGCCUGCGUCGGCCCCUGCGGCCGCAGCUCCUCCACCCACCAGAGACUGUUCUGCUGCUUCGACGAGAUAUACUGCAUGUUCGUGGGCAGCCUGCACAAUCUGAGCAGCCUGAUCCGGCAGUACGGCCUGUCCGGCAAGUCGACGAACGAGGCGCUGCUCGUCAUCGAGGCGUACCGCACCCUGCGCGACCGCGGGCCCUACCCCGCCGACCAGGUCGUGAAGGACCUCUCCGGCUCCUUUGCCUUCGUCGUCUACGACAACAAGGCCGGCACCGUCUUCGCCGCACUGAGCUCGGACGGAAGGGUGCCGCUGUACUGGGGAAUUGCCGCCGACGGGUCGGUGGUGAUCUGCGACGACCGCGACAUCAUAAAGGGCAGCUGCAGCAAGUCCUACGCCCCUUUUCCGACUGGGUGCAUGUUCCACAGCGAGUUCGGGUUGAAGAGCUUCGAGCACCCGAUGAACCGGAUGAAGGCGAUGCCGAGGGUCGACAGCGAGGGCGUGAUGUGCGGCGCCAAUUUCAAGGUCGACACAUACUCUAAGGUCAACUCCAUGCCGCGAGUCGGCAGCGCCGCAAACUGGACCGCGUGGGACAACUCCCUUUAAUCCAGCUCUCUCUCUCUCUCUCUCUCUCAACGCAACAUGACACGAUACGACACAGACACGCGCGAUCUCAAACAUGCGUAGUCUUCGAAGUUUCGGUUUCUUGCAAUGUGUAGUUUGGACCUGUGACUGGUGGUAGUGUGAAGUGUUGUUGAAGCAAUAAAAUUUUAGAGGGGUUGUGUGUGUGAUAGCCUGAUAGGUAGGGUAUAUAUAUAUAUAUAUAUUUGAUGUAGUCUUUGUUGUUUUUACUCAAUCUUGGAUAAUGCCAGCAUGGAAUUAUGAAUUUAAAAUGCUAUGAAAAUCC